GGUUCUCGACAUACACCACGAAAAUUGGUCCGGGCCUGGAGGCAUGUAAUGAUUGCUAAAGAUGCAUAAGAAUGUAUAUGGCAGGAAAGCGAAGCAAUCCGCUUUCACCGUCUCCAGCAUCUUCGUGGAAGCUAGCCCCAGGAAGCCAGGCGCAGAGGAGCAAAGACAAUGCGACCGCAUCGAAGAUGACGUUCUCCGAGCAUCCCACACACUGCAAAAUUUGAGCGUCCAGGAGGAAAGAGAAGGAAGGAUCCUCGCAAGAAAACCCACGAGGACGCCGCUGGGUACUAGAGACGGCAAUUCAGGACCAACGAGUCGAAAUGGCGGCCAAGACGAGCCGUCUACGGGCGCAAAGGUCAAAGGCUCUCGUCGAACAGUUCAAGAGAGGGUUUCAAAAUCUUUGACAAAGCAAAGCGAGGAUACCGCCCAGGAAGAAAGAGCAUCUCGAGCUUCGCCCAUCCAUGAGCUGUGCAACUUGUACGUAAAGCCGCUGGUCGCGCUCACCAACGAGCAGACGGCUCCUCUCGCCUUUGAUGCUUGGUCCGAAGAUCUGGCGAAACACUUCAAAGUAUCGAAAAUCGCAGAGGCUUCGUACAGCGAAGUAUACCGAUUGUCGUUGCUCAACAAGCAUCCAGAUCUGACUUCGGCAGACGAGUCGGUACUUAAAUUGAUCGCGAUCAAGCCGCCUCAGCACGCGACGGACAAAAAGAAAAGCAAAGCGCAGCAGAAACGGGAGGAAGAUAUGAGCUCAGUCGAAGACGUUGCGUCGGAAGUGCGGUUGCUCAAACGAAUGACGGAGAUACCCGGCUUCACCAACUAUCGCGCCCUUCACGUCUUGCAAGGACGACCUUCGAAGGCAUUCACGCAAGCGUGGAAGGAAUGGAACAAAGGACGGCCGAAGGGCCACAAAAGCGAGUUCCCUGACCCGAGCCGCAAAGCUAGCUACGAAGAGAGCCAGCUUUGGGCGGUGGUGGAGAUGCAAGAUGCUGGCACGGAUGUUGAACGUCUGAUCGAGGACGAAGCCAAACAAGGCCAAGGGGCCGAGAAAGGCGGCGUCUGCAUCAACAGCAUAUGGGCAGCCUGGGACAUUUUCUGGCAAACCGUGCUAGCGGUUGCAAAGGGCGAGAGUGAAGCCAGAUUCGAACAUCGCGACCUGCACCUGGGCAACAUCUGCGUGAGGCGGAGAAACGGGGAAGAUGUGGUUGGGCUGUCGGCCGAUGCGCCGAAACGAAAGCUGCGAUUCACAAAUUUGGAGGCCACGAUCAUCGACUAUACGCUCUCGCGAGCAGACAUGGCACCGCCAGGGCAGAGCGCGCCUCGAAGCCGGUCUUUGCGAUCGUCGUCUUCGAGAGCAUCCUUGAGUUCGUCGACAAAUUCGUCGAUCGACGCUGGCGUCGCGUAUAACCCACUGCAGAAACAGCCCAAAAUAUUCGAAGGCGAUGCGGACGUAGAUUACCAGUACGAGAUCUACAGGUAUAUGCGGUCCAUUGUCAGUUCUGGCGCGCUUGAGGACAGCGAGCCAUGGUCGACGUUCCAGCCCCGGACAAAUCUGCUGUGGCUACACUUUGUGCUGUUCAAAUUAUGCGAAACGCUGCAGUGGCCCUCCCAGACAAUGAAAAAGUCGAAAGACAAACUGUACAAGAGGGCCCUUGAGCUCGAAGAUAUCCUUGUUCAGGUUGAUCAGUUGCUCGACGCAGAGAGAUUGCUGGGCGACAAAGAGCGCGUUUUGAACUCGGCGGCAGAGCUUGUUGCUAUUGCACUGGAGCAGGCGUGGCUGUGUCAUGACGAUGUAUAUUACUAGACAUAGAGUGCAUUGGAAUCUUGGACAUGAGGUUGCCAUGUUCGUAAACAUCCUUACCCGCGUCCACACAAAGAACCAAGAUGCUGUCAAGUUCAUGAGAGCAAGGCGCAGAGGCUCAAGGCCUGCAAUUCGGACUUAAACUUCAAACCGCUUCCGGGCAGCACGAUGAACGAGCCAUUCAGUUUCACUCAUGCUGCCGCGCCAUUGAUCCUGAUGGUUUGUCCACUCAGCCACUUCGUACCAUCGCUUGCGAGCAUGGCAACAAAGUCAGCAAUGUCAUUUGGAUCACCGAUCUUGCCGAACGGGUUGAGACUUUUGAUGUGGUUGAGCACGGCCUCGGGCUUGUCCUUGAGAAAAAGGUCGGUCGCCGUCGGUCCGGGCGCGAAGGCGUUUACCGUUAUGCCUUUGCUGGCGAGGUCUUUGGCGAGAACGCGCACGGUUUGCUCGAUUGCGCCUUUGGAAGCCAUGUACGGAAGGUAGCCCGGAGUAAAGUUGGUGGCUGCCGUCAGUGUCGUGGAGACGAACAGGAUUUUGGAUCCUGCACGCAUGUGCGGAACGGCUUUCUGACGACCGGUCAGUGAUUUCCUUAUGUCGUCCCAAAGACUGUGCAAGGUACCUGAGCGAGGAAGAUGGGC